GAGCGCUCUCCUAGAGCAGAAGGAGCAGCAGGAGAGGCUGCGGGAGGCCGCGGCCUUGGGGGACAUUCGGGAGGUGCAGAAACUGGUGGAGAGCGGGGUGGAUGUGAACUCCCAAAAUGAGGUCAACGGCUGCUGUGGUCAGAAUCGGACCACUUCUCAGUAGCUCUACCUCUACACCUCUGGUACCCAGCCACCAUCAUCCUGUUGCCCGGAUUCUCGCUGCAGCCCCCCAGCUCGUCUCCUUGCUUCCAUCCUUAAUACCCUGCAGUCUUUUCUCGGCGCAGCAGCCAAAGGGAUCCUGUUGUAAAAAGACCUGUUUACACUGGGCAUGUAAGCGCAAUCAUGGUCAGGUGGUCUCUUACUUAUUACAAUCAGGAGCUGACAAAGAAAUUCUUACGACAAAAGGAGAAAUGCCAGUGCAAUUGACAUCAAGGAGGGAAAUCAGGAAGAUCAUGGGAGUGGAAGAAGAUGAUGGUGCCGACAGCCUCCCCCAGCUGAAGAAGGAGUCAGAACUGCCCUUUGUUCCCAACUAUUUGGCCAACCCAGCCUUCCCUUUCAUCUACACCCCUGCGGCAGAGGAUCCAGGCCAGCUACAGAACGGGGGCCCCUCCACACCUCCGGCAUCGCCCCCUGCGGAUGGCUCUCCUCCCUUGCUCCCUACGGAGGAGCCUCCCCUGGCUGGGGCCUUUCCACGGGACCACACCUCUUUGGCAUUGGUUCAGAACCGGGACGUGUCUGCCCCCUCUGCCAUUCUCCGAACACCAGAAAGCACAAAACCAGGUCCUGUCUGUCAGCCGCCAGUGAGUCAGAGCCGCUCACUGCUCUCUUCUGUCCCGCCCAAGCCACCAGUGUCUCUGGAGCCUCAAAAUGGGACAUAUGCAGGACCAACGCCAGCAUUCCAGCCGUUCUUCUUCACGGGGGCAUUUCCAUUUAAUAUGCAAGAGCUGGUACUCAAGGUGAGGAUUCAGAACCCAUCUCUUCGAGAAAAUGAUUUCAUCGAGAUUGAACUGGACCGACAGGAGCUCACCUAUCAAGAAUUGCUCAGAGUGAGUUGCUGUGAGCUGGGUGUGGAUCCAGAUCAAGUGGAGAAGAUCAGAAAGUUACCCAAUACUCUGGUGAGAAAGGACAAAGACGUUGCUCGACUCCAAGACUUCCAGGAGCUGGAACUGGUUCUAAUGAUAAGUGAGAACAAUUUUCUGUUCAGAAAUGCUGCAUCCACACUGACUGAAAGACCUUGCUACAACAGGAGAGCUUCCAAACUGACUUACUAAUGCAGCAGGGACUUUUAUUGCUGAGUGUUGUGACAGUGCGCAUCCCCUCUGGGCCAAGGACAAGCCAUGGAUCGAAAUGCCUUGGGCGCCACCGUGUAGUAUACACUAACAUCGUUCUGCCAAGGUAGGAAGCCCCUGACCCCCCCCCCCCCCCCCAGCAGCGGUGCCACUCUUCCAAGCCUCUUGGUGCACAAUAAACCUAUUGCUUGAAGCUGUGAACAGCUGAGAAGUGGUCUGGAGAGGCAGAAGCCGGCCGUUCUGUGUUCGUGUGCCCCAUGUCAGUGAGCUGUCCAAGCAGACGCGGAGAGUGCGGAGCCUGUUUGCAGCCACUCCUGCGGGUGGUGCACCUGCAGGGCGGACAUGCUCUCUUGGUGUCGCCUGCUCCCGCCCCCCCCCCCCACCUCUCCUGAAGCAGGAGCUGGUGACAGAGGAAAUUGGGGAAAGCACAGGUACUGGGCAAAAGAAUUUUAGUGUGACUAGUGGCUGUGAGGUUUCACAUACCAUAUUUAUAAAUGUUACUCAGGUUCAAAGUAUUUAAGAAUACAGUUACCUAGUUGUAAGUAUGCUGUUAACCAAAAGAGCUGCCCCUCCUCCCCCCUUUCUCUUUUGUGAGCCCCCAAGCCUGCUUCUGUCUCUAGUCCGCCAUUGCCUGGACAGUCAUUGCUGCAUUAACUCUGUGGCCACUAGAGGGCUCUCUGAUGCCUUCCAAAAGAGCAACGCUUUUUUUUUGUUUUCUUGCUUUUUUUUUUUUCCACACUUUUUAAAUCUCCGAAGCGAUUCCUGUCCUCUCCAUGUUUAAUUGCACCGUCUGAGAAGAGCACAAACAUUGCCGGCCCGUGUUCUCCACUUUCAUUUCCCACUAGAAAUGAAAAGCAAUUUUUGAAACCGAAUCUGUUGCUAUUUUAAAGGUUAUCGUGGGAAACUGAGCUAAAGGAGUUAGCAUCUUUAUUUUUGUAUCAAAGAUAAGGGUUAUUUUGAAAUUAUUAGGAUUUUUACACAACUCUGAAAUCUGUUGCUUUUUGUAUAAACAAAUUGUUUGAUCCUAGGGCUCCCCGACUACCACCACCAGUCCACUUAACAAAGCCAGUUGUGAGUUUCCCAGGCUUUGUUCUGGAAGACACUGAUUAAACUCUUGAGCAUGGCAUACAAAUGUUUUUAAAGAGCGCAUUCAAGAAUUCUUUUCCUUUCCUUCCGUGUCAUUAAUGUUCAAAGAGCCACUGUCUUGUUGAGACAAACAGCGUAACUUUAGAAAUAAGAACGAGCACACUUAGACAAACAGGAGGGCAGGGGUUUGAAGCUGGCUGUUGAAGAGCGUCCCUGCUGUCUUAAGAAGCUUUUUCCCCAUAGUGCCUAUAGUUUCCAAAGAAACUGAACUUCCUAACUGUGUUAAUUUUAUUGGAACACUGCGACGACUGAGCGAGAACAUGCAGAAGCUGUCAGUGGAAGAGAGUGUUGUGCUGAGCUAAUGGUCUCCUGCUGCUGCUUGGUGCUGAGCUGAGGUUGAGGUGUUUUCAAGGCCAGCUUCAUGGGGUCACUCCGUUUGGUGACUUAACCGUCUCCCACCAGUUAUUGAUGGUGACUUACUCAUCCUUGUACAGUGUUUGCAUCACUGAGUAAAGGUUACUUAUUAUCCCUUCUCUGAAGUGCUUGAAAGGAAACCUCCCUAUGUUUCAACCAAUCAGAAGCUAGUUUACCUAGACCUACUAACCUUUUUUCCUUCCCUUUGGGAAAAGUUACAAUUUACUGAUAACACGAAGGCUAGUUGUAUCCCGGAGGAAGUAAGUCCAGUAUUAAUUUUUGUCUAAAUCACUGGGGUAAAAACUCUUCUAGCCAUCUAGAUCAAUUAGAGACUCAGAGGCAGUGGAGGUCCCCAGCCCGGAGGUGGCCUAUGGAGGAGUCGCUCCAGGGCAUUCCCCUGCCCCCGCCCCCGGCUUAGAGACGGAAGUUAUAGGUGGAGGUUGGAGCGGACGCUCGGGCGAGGGAGGGGCUGGGCAUCUCAGGGGAGGGCUGAGCCCUCCAUGGGCCUCUCUUCUCCUUUCUCAAGUCUUCUGUAGUCAACUGACUCCUGCAUCUGGCGGUGGGAUGAGCCCGCACAGUUGAUGGUAGGUGAGUUUAAAGUCUUAAUCUAUGCAUUCAGAGAAAUAUUUUUAUAUGCUUUGUGUAAUUUAUAACAAGGACUUUUUUUUUUAGCUUUGUUAACUGUGAAUUCACCCCUCCUCCACUGCAUAUUUAAAGCAUGUGUUCACACGGUGUGUAAACAUUCACUGAAGACUUUUUUCUUUGUGCAUUGCCGACUGUUCAGACAUAACGAGUAUUAUUAAAAUCAAAUAUUAACGGA